UUUAAUUAUCAACAUAAAUCUUCGCUACAAUCUUGCAUAUAAAUACGAGCUGAUACAAUUUCAUUUCAUUGUGAAUGAAUAUUUUCAGCACUCAACAAAUAACUAGAUAUUUUUUGUCGUUGAAAAACGAAAAUUAAUAACAUUAAAAAAAUGCAACAUUUAAUAAAAAUAUUUGUGUUAUUUUGUGUGAUUGCAACUGCAUUGGCUAGAAGUGGAAGUAUCACUGUUAAAAAUGGUGGUGGUUAUGUUGCGCUAUUUAGUGUUGAAUAUACUAAAGAUGGAAAAAGACAGUCUGCAGAAUCAGGAGAUUUUACUGCUGGUGUAUCAAAAACAAUUCAAAUACCAGAUGGUGCAAGAGACGUAUUUGUUAAAGCUGAGGUUUAUUGGUUUAUUGCAUCAAGAGCUGUUAUAUUUACUAAACAUUAUGAUGGUCCAGAACAAAAAUGCUUCAAGGUAUGGGGUACAACAUUGAAUACAGCUUGGGAUGAACGUAAUUGUGGUGAUUUAUAAAAAAAAAAAAAAAUAGUUCAAGGUUAUGAAAAAAUAUCGUUUAUGAGUUAGACAUCAUUCUAAUAAUCGAAACAAUUAACUGCAAUGAAAAAAUUAUAAAUAAAUUUGUUUUUUUUUUUAAUUUUAAAAGUUAAAACAAAAAUUUUUAUGUUUGAAAUUUAUACUAAAUUAAGUUUCUUUUAUGCUGUUUAUUGAUAAUAUUUUUACAUUCAUUUGAUUUAAAUUACAAGUGGAUUAAAAAAUUUAAAACUUAAAAAUAAAAUACAUUAAAACUCUACUACAUUUAUACUUUCGUAAAUGAAAAAUAUUGUUUGUUUAGCCAAAUCGUAAAUUAGAAAGAUGAGACAUUAUAAAUUGACAACGGUCACAAUUUAUAAUUGCUCCAUUUCUUCAUGUGCAAUAUGGUAUACUGCAUGUACUGGUUUGUUUAAUGUAAUAAGAGAGAAUGAAGGAAUCUUUCAAGCUUCAUUUUUGGCAUCGUUGAUAAAAUUAUUAAAUAGGAAUAUAUCUUGAAUAUUGGUGCCUUCAAAUGCAUUAUUUUCAACGUGGCUAAUUUUAUUGUGUGAUAAAUACAACUGUCUGGAGUGAAAUUAAUUAUGACAUUUAAUUUUUUCAUAAUUUGUCACAACAGACUUUGAUAAAUGAAUUAAAAUAAAUAGUACUUUUUUUUAUCUAAUCUGAUUCUCAUUUAUCUUAUCUUCUAAACAAAACCUCUUAAUUUAUUUUUCAUUAUUAAAUUAAAUUAUAAAAUGACAAUUGUGUUGCCAAAUAGUUUUAUAUUUUAUAAAUUUUUUUAAAUAAUUAAAUAACAUUGGAUCUUAUAAAUGAGACAAACGAAUAC